AAAAAGGGAAAAAAAAAAAAAAAAAGAAAAAGGCUCGUUAAGUUAUCUUUUGUACAAAAGAUUAUUUCUCUUUCUUUUUCAUUUUUUUCUUUCUUUUUAAGCUUUUCACUUCUUUUUUCUCAUCACUUUUUUUCUUUUUAAUCUUUUUAUUUCUACUCAUCUUGUAACCGUCAGCCAUUUCAGGUUGCUCAUUCAAGUGCAAUACUUUAUUUCAUUAAAACAUACAACCACAGCCAUUUAAAAAAGUGCUAGAACCCAGUUUUAAGAAUGUCAACUUCACAAUCAUCAUCAGCACGAACCAGAACGGUUCGUUUGACAGUUAUUGCAGCUGACGGUCUUAUGAAGAAAGACUUCUUCUUUAAAUAUCCCGACCCUUUUGCCGUAGUCACUGUCGAUGGAGAACAAACACAUACAACAACAGUGAUGAAGAAAACUUUGAAUCCAUACUGGAACGAAACGUUUGAUUUGAAAGUAACGAAUCAAAGUGUUAUUGCGGUACAAGUAUUUGACCAGAAAAAGUUCAAAAAGAAAGAUCAAGGGUUUUUGGGCGUCAUCAACGUCCAAGUAUCUAGUGUCUUUGACCUUGAUGUGGGAGGAGAUGAAAUGCUAACUUUGGAUCUGAAAAAAUCAAACGCGAACGAAAAUGUGCAUGGAAAACUUAUACUGAAUCUCUCUACAAACGUCAACGUACCUAUUCGCAAUGGUACCGAUACCCUCGCUCCGGGCACAGCAGGUGCCUUGACAUCGAGUGCUCACCAUUCCAGGACGCCCUCUACAUCCUCCCAUCACAAUAACGACACUACGAAUACAUCAUCGAGCCAUAUGAAUACGACUGCGAAUAAUGCAGAGCAACAAGCAACAUCUUCUUCCUCCACAGCGACGCCUUCUUCCGCGCAACAACCACAAUCCAACGCAAAUGAUGACUUACCUCCAGGUUGGGAAAGACGAGUAGAUCAUUUGGGCAGACCUUAUUAUGUAGAUCAUAAUACACGUACAACAACAUGGAAGCGGCCUUCAUCGCGAACCGCGCAAGAUCAACAGAACCAAACGGAAUUAGAACGUCAAAGGCAUAAUGCGCGUGGAUUACCCGACGCUUCACAAUCAUCCGUAGCGCAGCAAGCCAGUCCAUCCCAACAACGCUUAUCUCAGCAACCACAACCAUCACAACAGCCUCACGUUAAUCUCUCUAACUAUACAACAUCAGCAGGCUCGGGUCCUUUACCUCCAGGUUGGGAAAUGCGUACCAGUGCUGAAGGUAGACCCUAUUUUGUGGAUCACAAUACACGUACCACCACUUGGGUAGAUCCUCGUCGACAACAAUACAUUAGUACGAUCGGCCCUGGUUCUAACCUCCAGGUGCAAGUACAACCUGUGUCUCAGUUAGGCCCCUUACCCUCCGGCUGGGAAAUGCGACUCACGAGCACCGGUCGUGUCUACUUUGUUGAUCACAACACCAAAACCACCACCUGGGACGAUCCUCGCCUUCCCAGUAGCUUAGAUCAGAAUGUGCCUCAAUAUAAACGGGAUUUCCGUCGCAAACUGAUCUAUUUCCGUUCUCAACCAGCACUGCGUCCUGUGCCUGGACAAUGCCACAUCAAAGUGAGAAGAGAUCAUAUAUUUGAAGAUGCCUAUGCUGAAAUUAUGCGUCAAGCACCCGCUGAUCUGAAGAAGCGUUUAAUGAUCAAAUUUGAUGGCGAGGAUGGGUUAGACUAUGGCGGUCUCUCCCGAGAAUUCUUCUUCUUGCUUUCUCAUGAAAUGUUCAACCCUUUUUACUGUCUGUUUGAAUACUCAGCUCAUGACAACUACACAUUGCAAAUCAACCCUCAUUCAGGUAUCAAUCCUGAGCAUCUGAAUUAUUUCCGAUUCAUCGGUCGCGUCGUCGGUUUAGCUAUUUUCCAUCGUCGCUUCUUGGACGCUUUCUUUAUUGUGUCGUUCUACAAAAUGAUUUUGAACAAGAAGAUAUGUGUAUCGGAUAUGGAGAGCGUAGAUGCUGAUUUCUACAGAAGUUUGAUGUGGAUUUUGGACAAUGAUAUCACAGACGUGUUGGAUUUGACAUUUUCGACGGAUGACGAUCGAUUUGGUGAGGUGGUGACAGUCGAUUUGAUCCCGAACGGCCAGACCAUCGAAGUAACAGAAGAGAAUAAGAAAGAAUAUGUCAACUUGAUGACAGAAUGGCGUAUUUCCAAACGUGUUGAGGAGCAAUUCAAAGCCUUCAAAGAAGGUUUUAAUCAGUUGAUCCCACAAGACCUUAUCAACGUGUUUGAUGAACGUGAAUUGGAAUUGCUGAUUGGUGGUAUUGCUGAAAUAGACAUUGAGGAUUGGAAGAAACAUACAGAUUACAGAGGUUAUACCGAACAAGACGAUGUGAUUCAGUGGUUCUGGAAGUGCGUGAAAGAAUGGGAUAACGAGAAGAAAUCAAGAUUGUUACAGUUCACAACAGGUACAUCACGUAUUCCUGUCAAUGGUUUUAAGGAUUUACAAGGCAGUGAUGGGCCCAGACGAUUCACAAUUGAGCGAUCGGGUGAAGUGACAAUGCUGCCUAAAGCACAUACUUGCUUCAAUCGUAUUGAUAUGCCACCCUAUACAGAUUAUGAUACUUUGGUCCAAAAACUGAGUUUAGCAGUUGAAGAAACAGUCGGUUUUGGUCAAGAAUAAGUU